CUCAGAGCUUGAUAGCAGAUUGUGCCUAACCCCUUCAUGGUUCAUACACACAGCAGAGCUUCGUCUUGUGUUGACAUUUAGCCUAUAGGCUCGAUCACCUGCCUCCAGUGUCUUGUGAAAUACCCUCUCUCGUUGGAUACUGUACCGUUUUAUGACUAUUCUUCUGACUGUGUCUCUGUUGUAAGCAGCAGUUUUGAGAGGCUGGAGCCAAACAUGGACAUGGAGAGUUAUGAGGACUUCUGCCUGCGGAGCCUGGCCAGACUGCAGACUGAGAGCCAGGGGAAGAGCCAGGGCCAGCAGACAGGCUGUGAGCCACCUGGUCUUGUGGAAGCUCUCUCCUUCAUCCACUUCCAUGGAAGGGCUGUGCUCUCACCCUUGGUAAGGAGAUAGUCUGGGGGAAAGGGCAGAAGGUGCGGAGAGCAGUAUAGACAUAUAUAUAUACUGUAACAUAAGGUCAGGGGUAGAAUUGGGGGCAACGUGGGAAUGGAGUUGUAUUGAAGUGACAUCAUUUUAACAUGAAUUCUAGGAUAUUACAGUGUCUUUUUUCCAAUUCCUCCCCAGCAUUGGAUGUACUGUAGAUUUAUACCAUGGCAUUGUUGAAAACUCAUUUCUGAUUGGCUUGAAAGGCAUUCUAGAGCGUGCAUUAUUUCCCUAUAACGAACAGUAUAUCAGCACGGUAGAAUUCAAUGGCUAUAGUUCAUUCUUACAAGCUCUAUGUUUGAGCUGCUUUUGAAUGAAAAAGUCGAAUUGAAAUCAUUAUUGGCAUUGUUGAAUUCGAUUUUCAUAAUAGCAAACUAGGACUGAUGGUUUGGUUAGCUAAACUAGCAAGGAUGUCUGUUUGGUUACCAAAGCAACUACUGUAGCUAUCUAGUAAACUUGCUAGCUACUUCAGUGGAUGUUGAACCCAUUUCUACCUGCAAAUGUGUUCAAUUAUAGCCAUGGCAUAAAAGGGAUAAUCAACUCGGGACUCUAUGCAUUCUAAGAAAAAUAAUGCCACUCCUUGGAAGGUUAGUUCCACUCCGCUAGUGCGUUGUGGAACACACCAUCCACGUUGUUCAUUAUUUUCCAUAGAAUGCAUGUUCCCUUGUUGAUUAUUAACAUUUACAUAUUUUUUCCCCCUUACGUACAUUGUAUAUAUUGUGGGCUAAAUCCUAACCAUAGAUAUUAUCCAUGCAUGUAAUUCCAACCUUUGCAUAAAAGGUGAAGGUAAUAGUAAAUGUGCACAAAUGUUUCAGUUAAGUUAAGCAUACUUAUAUCCAAUUAGGAUUCAGCCCAGUGAGCGUAGUUUGUUGUCAUGGGGGUGGCUUUGCUUUCUCCCAUGACAACAACAUGGUUCCCCAGGAGAGUUUGUGUAUGUGUGGGUAUUCUCCUGUCUGGGGUUUUGUAACUCUCAAGUUGCAUGGUAACCAAAUGCAAUGAUCCUUUGGUUUACAAUGUAGCAUUGUGGGCAAUGGGCAUUGAGUGGACACACACACACACCAUUAUGCCCACACGCACACACCAAAUAUCUGGCUUAUCCAUUUUGUAAUUCACAUGUCUUUGAGAAAGAGUCACCAUAAAAAACACAUCAUUGUUUAUUUUGUUAAAUCACAGAGUAUUAAAGGGGCAAUCAGCGGUUCAAAGCCUUUUCCCUGCCCCUGUUUUGGUAAAAAGAUGGGGGAUGGGGCUUGAGAAAUGAAACCACUCUCAAAUUCAUAGACAGACAAGGCUGACCAAUGAUAUAAAUAUUAUAGUUUUAAUCAUGUUUUGAGGCUAAAUAGUGUUCGUUUAUAUUUACUUUGUUUACAAACAUUGGAGUAAAACAAGCUUAUAUUUUGGGUUCUGAUGGGGUACUACAGUUGAACUAAGCCCAUGAGGCAUUUUAUGAGUUAUACUCAUCAAGAAACAAUGGUACAUAUAAUUAAUUUACAAGUCCAAAAAUGGAUGGAACGGCAGAUUGCCCUUUUAAUCAUCACUGGAUAUGAUACGCAUAUCUUACCAAUAAAACUCAAUAUUAGCGACAGUCUGAAUCAAUGUAUGACCACUUCAUAAAAUUAGAGUUUUUUGGGAAAAGUAUCCCUCUCUGGCAGGGAGAGCAUUAUUAAAAAAAAAUUUAUUUCACCUUUAUUUAACCAGGUAGGCCAGUUGAGAACAAGUUCUCAUUUACAACUGCGACCUGGCCAAGAUAAAGCAAAGCAGUGCGAUAAAAACAACAACAACACAGAGUUACAUAUGGGAUAAACAAAACGUACAGUCAAUAACACAAUAGAAAAUCUAUAUACAGUAUGUGCAAAUGUAGUAAGUUAUGGAGGUAAGGCAAUAAAUAGGCCAUGGUGCAAAAUAAUUACAAUUUAGUAUUAAUACUGGAGUGAUAGAUGUGCAGAAAAUGAUGUGCAAAUAGAGAUACUGGGGUGCAAAUGAGCAAAAUAAAUAACAAUAUGGGGAUGAGGUAGUUGGGUGGGCUAAUUACAGAUGGGCUGUGUACAGGUGCAGUGAUCGGUAAGCUGCUCUGACAACUGAUGCUUAAAGUUAGUGAGGGAGAUAAGAGUCUCCAGCUUCAGAGAUUUUUGCAGCUCGUUCCAGUCAUUGGCAGCAGAGAACUGGAAGGAAUGGCGGCCAAAGGAGGUGUUGGCUUUGGAGAUGACCAGUGAGAUAUACCUGCUGGAGCGCAUACUACUGGUGGGUGUUGCUAUGGUGACCAAUGAGCUAAGAUAAGGCAGGGAUUUGCCUAGCAGUGAUUUAUAGAUGACCUGGAGCCAGUGGGUUUGGCGACGAAUAUGUAGUGAGGGCCAGCCAACGAGAGCGUACAGGUCACAAUGGUGUGUAGUAUAUGGGGCUUUGGUGACAAAACGGAUGGCACUGUGAUAGACUACAUCCAAUUUGCUGAGUAGAGUGUUGGAGGCUAUUUUGUAAAUGACAUCGCCGAAGUCAAGGAUUGGUAGGAUAGUCAUUUUUACGAGGGCAUGUUUGGCAGCAUGAGUGAAGGAGGCUUUGUUGCGAAAUAGGAAGCCGAUUCUAGAUUUAACUUUGGAUUGGAGAUGCUUAAUGUGAGUCUGGAAGGAGAGUUUACGGUCUAACCAGACACCUAGGUAUUUGUAGUUGUCCACAUAUUCUAAGUCAGACCCGCCGAGAGUAGUGAUUCUAGUCGGGCGGGCGGGUGCAAGCAGAGUUCUAUUGAAGAGCAUGCAUUUAGUUUUACUAGCGUUUAAGAGCAGUUGGAGGCUACGGAAGGAGUGUUGUAUGGCAUUGAAGCUCGUUUGGAGGUUUGUUAACACAGUGUCCAAUGAAGGGCCAGAUGUGUACAAAAUGGUGUCGUCUGCGUAGAGGUGGAUCUGAGAGUCACCAGCAGCAAGAGCGACAUCAUUGAUAUACACAGAGAAUAGAGUCUGCCCGAGAAUUGAACCCUGUGGCACCCCCAUAGAGACUGCCAGAGGUCCAGACAACAGGCCCUCCGAUUUGACACAUCAUGACGUUCCCUAAGACGUUACUUGUCCCAAUCGGAUCAGCUGUCAAGGGGAGAGAGGGGGGGGGGGGGGGUUGUUGACAUGGAAGAACAACUAGGUUGAUUCAUAUCAGGAGGAUCCAUGUUGUCUGACUGCUGCCUGAUUAAGUUUACUGGGAGGAGCUGUGUGAAGGAAAUGUUUGUGAGAGGGGGGAUAGAGAAGGGUGUGUGUUUGUGCAUGCAGUGUGGGUUUGUGUUUGUGUAUCUGUGCGUACGUGUGCAGGAGAUGAGGUGGAAACUGAGCUGCACUUCCUAACCAUAUUAGAGACACAUACUUCCCUCAGAUUACACAGACCCACCAAGAAUUUGAAAACAAAUCCAAUUUUGAUAAACUCCCAUAUCUAUUGGGUGAAAUACCACAGUGUGCCAUCACAGCAGCAAGAUUUGUGACCUGUUGCCACAAGAAAAGGGCAGCAGUGAAGAACAAACACCAUUGUAAAUACAACCCAUAUUUAUGUUUAUUUAUUUCCCCUUUUGUACUUUAACUAUUUCCACGUUACAACACUGUAUAUAUACAUAAUAUGACAUUUGAAAUGUCUUUAUUCCUUUGGAACUUUUGUGAGUGUAAUGUUUACUGUACAUUUUUAUUGUUGAUUUAACUUUUGUUUAUUAUCUAUUUCACUUGCUUUGGCAAUGUAAACAUAUGUUUCCCAUGCCAAUAAAGCCCCUUAAAUUGAAUUGAAAUUGAAGAGAGAGAGAGAGAGAGAGAGAGAGAGAGAGAGAGAGAGAGAGAGAGAGAGAGAGAGAGAGAGAGAGAGAGAGGGAGAGGGAGAGGGAGAGACGGAGGUUUGAGAGCUGAUGAGAGGGAAGGUUAUUAGGCCUACUCUGUUUCUGUCCCACAUUCCAGAACUGGACCAUUGUGUUCUGAGGAAGAAGUAGCCUACACUCGUAGAAAAAAAGGUUCCAAAAGGGUUAUUCAGCUGUCCCCAUAGGAGAACCCUUUUUUGGUUCCAGGUAGAACCCAUUUGGGUUCCAGGUAGAAUCCUUUUGGGUUCUAUGUAGAACCCUCUGUAGAAAGGGUUCCAUAUGGAACCCAAAAGGGUCCUGCCUGCAACCAAAAAGGGUUCUUCAAAGGGUUCUCCUAAGGGGACAGUCGAAGAAUCCUUUAAGGUUCUAGAUAGCACCUUCUUUUCUAAGAGUGUAAUAUAAACAUUGUCACAUGGAUUCCGAGAGACCCAGGGGAGAAUGUGUGUGGGUGCAUGUGCGCCUGUCUGUCUGUUUGUCUUUAUCUGACUAUGUAUGUGUGUGUCUCUCUGACUGUGUGUGUUUAUUGUGAUCCAUCCUCAGCUGAGUGUGGAGCAGCGAAGGGAGAUGUCCCAGUACAGACAGAGGGCUGCCCAGCUGGAGGUGGACAGACAGACACUACGCAGCAGCAGCCUGCUGGCCAGGGUUCAGGACAUCCUGGACAAUGCUCAGGUCAGUCUCAUACAACCAUUUCCCAAAGACUUCAACCACCCAAGCCAUAAACCAGGGAUCAUCAACUAGAUUCAGCCGCAGGCCGAUUUUUUUCUUGAGUCUGAACAGAUUUCCCAAAUUAAAAUCACUUGGAGCUGAGUUCCUUGUGUUUUUACAGUUUUCUAUGUCCAACAAUGAAAAUUCAACAAGAACAUUUUAUUUGUAUUACAUUUGUUUUUGCUCAGAAAACUAGGGGGGACAAAUACAACCACCUGCGGGCCGCCACCUAGGGAAACCCUGCCAUAGACUGUUCUCUCUGCCUCUGCAUGGCAAGCGGUACCGGUGCAUCAAGUCUGACACCAACAGGCUCCUGAACAGCUUCUAUCCCCAUGCCAUAAGACUGCUAUAUAGUUAACUAAAUACUGUAUCUAACAAAAUGGCUACACAGACUAUCUGAGUUGAUUUAUGCACACUCACAGGACCCUACACACUACACACACUGAUACUCCAACACACAUACAAACAAUCACUCCAUCUUUUGCUCACACAUAAUAUGCACACACAUUUAUAAUGACUCUACACACACCCACUCACAUCCAAUCAUCAUAUACGCUGCUGCUACUCUGUUUAUCAUAUAUCCUGAUGCCUAGUCACCUUACACCUAUACAUAUCUACCUCUAUAGAUCCAGCAUCCCUGCACAUUGUAAAUAUGGUACUGGAACAGACCCUGUAUAUAGGAUGCUUACUUACUUUAUCCUGUUCUUCUUAUUUUUAUAUCUUAUGUGUUUUUGUUCUACCUUGUUAUUUUUAGUAAUACAUUGUUAUUGAUUACUGCAUUGUUGGGGUUAGAGCUUGCAAGAGAGGCAUUUCACUGUACUUGUGCAUGUGACAUUAAAACUUGAAACUUUAAACGUUUUCCAACCAUUUCCCAAACGUUUCCAAAACGUUUCCCAAAUCCUUCGGAGCUAAAAUAGUAGCCGCGAGAGAGGGACACCUUUGACCUUUGACGGUCAAUGUUCUAUGCGUGAACAAAUGUGCCAAAUGAAGAGCUUUGCUGUUUUACGAGUGGCAUGAGUCUGGGUCUUCCAGAGUUCACUUGACUUGUGUUUUCUUACUAGCACUGAUUUUGCUGAUAGCCGCUUCAUUGAGGAAAAGUUUGACUUACUAUGACUGUGAGAGGUGGUUGUCUCACCUAGUUACCUUAAGAUGAAUGCACUAACUGUAAGUUGCUCUGCAUAAGACCGUCUGCUAAAUGACUAAAAUGUUAAAUGUUAAAUGAUAUGUAUGUAAAUAACUUUAGCGACGAAGGUGUUGGAAAACCCAGCCCUUCAGGAGUCUGUAUUUAAAUGUACCUUGUUUCAGCUGCUUGAAUAGACCUCCCUAACAACAGACAGUAAAUUAAGGGCUGAAGACUAUUCUAUAAAAACAGUCAUGAUUUGUUUCCAUUCAAGAGUUGCCUUUAUUACGAUAAGACUCAUGAAGGAACUUCAUUAGCUCGCCACGUGUAUGUAUAUAUGUACUAUAUUAGUUUAUUUUAGAAUAGUCUUCAGCCCUUUGUCAUCCCUAAAAUGUAGUACAUUACCUUAACUCAUGAUCUGAAGUUUCUAAUGUAACACUGCACUAGCCACACAACCUUAAAUACCAGUCGGGGGACUCACUAGGCAAUGCUAUUUUUACCUGUCUCCCUAAAGUCGACUGUAAAACAUAUCAAGAAGACUAGGUGGUCGGCUAUUUCAACAACACAGAUUCCACUUCAGUUGCUCAAUGACUUGAAGUGAAACAACUUUGACUUGUUUCCGAACAAGAGGAAAGAAAUCUUAAAUCUUAUCUUCUUGUCCUCAAACACUUGAGGGAAAUGGGACUGCCCAGCCUGUUGAGAACACUGUGUACAGUAGAUCAAUCAAGUGUCUGAUGUAGAGGGAGUAAACAGCCAACAACUGACCUGACUUUAACCUAUAAUUUUCUCAUUCUAGAUUGUAAUAAUAAUUGUUAGUCUUAAAUAGCACCCUAUUCCCUAUGAAGUGCACUACCUCUGGUCAAAAGUAGUGCAUGUUACAAAGGGAAAAGGGUGCUUUGUCGGACGCAGCCCAUAUCUGAUUAUUUGUGUUAAUUCCCCUCUUCUCUCUGCCUCUCUGGCUACAGGUGGACAAAGUACCAGAGAUGGAGGGUAAAAUGGAUCCACCAACUCCGCCAUAUUGCCUUUCCCCAAAACCUGAGACAGUGAAUGGCUACACCCUGGUGACAGACUCCCCUGGGCUUCCCAGGGGUGGUGGUGUGGUUGGGCUACACAUAGCUGAUCGGCCCACCACCCCUCAACCUGAGUCCCCCAUAGUCCUGAAUGUGUACAGAGCAGAGGAGAGAGUGAACCAGGUAGAGGAGGGGAGGUGGGAGGUAGAGAGGGGAGAAGAAGAGAUGGGGGGCGUUCAGGAUGUGAGUCUCCAGAGCCUUCUGAGAAGGUCGAGGGAGUACGUGGAGAGAGAGCAGGCCCAGAGGGGGACAAAGGUCAUCGGCGGGGUAACUCCAACCACCCCGGCCGCAGAGAGCCUCUCUGACAAGGAGAACGAGAGCCGCAGUCCUCAGGGAGAGAUGAAACCUGAACAGGGGUACAGCCUGCGCCACAGUCCGCUAAGCCCACCUCAGACCCAGGCCCACAUCCCGCACCAGAGCCAGUAUCCUGUCCAAGCUCAAGCCCAGUACCAGGCUAUGUGUAAUCCAUAUGACUCCCGGUUUAGCUACCUUUCGUCUGGCCUCCCCGACGCUUACGCCCUCCUGCCCAGCCCCGAACCCAGCAUGAGUCCCCGCCCCCACCGCCGGCGACCACGCCCAGUGUCCACUGGCAACAUCAUGAUCUCCUUCCCUAUUGGCCCGGCCGACCUCAUCCCCAGAGGGCUAGUGGGGAGGCACCAGGAGAGCGCUGUUGUCAUGGCGACAGGGGUGAUGAGGUCACCGGAUCAGGGGUCAGGCGUCAGUGACGGUAGCAGUAGUCAUCGUAGCAGCCAGUGUGGCACCAGCCAGGUCCAGGAGAAGAGCUGCAGCUCAGUCAGUACCUCCGGACCCGGUUCACUUGGGCAUCAUGACGUCAUCAGCUCUGGGUCUCGCCGGCGCUGCCACACCCUAGACAGCCAGCUCCACUCCUCCCAUUCUGCCUCGGGACCUGGUAUGGACCGCAGCCAGGAGAGGCUCCCGCGCUUCAUGGGGGGAGUGCCUCAUUUGCCCCCCAGCCGUAGGAGCCCCGCGGUCCCCCUGAACCAGUCCUAUGAGGUGGAGAACCCUUCGGCCGCGCUGCUAAGGCCCCACGUGAGGCCCUUGACCCCUGACCCCUCUCCUUGUCACAUCAAGAUGAGGCUGGAGCCUGAGGGGCCUCCGGGGCCCCAUGAUGGACGGAUCACACCCAGCUCUUCCCUAGAGGAGCAGGACAGUAAAACAGGUGAGAGAGAGAGCGAGAGAGCGAGAGAGCGAGAGAGCGAAAGAGAGAGAGAGAGCGAGAGAGAGAGAGAGAGAGAGAGAGAGAUGGUGUGUGUUAUGAAGAAGACUAUACAGGACAGUCUGUUCUCUGUGAUUAAUUUGUUUUGAAUAUAAAGUCCACUACUUUUCGUGCAAGCAUUGACAAUUUUUUAAAAUAAUUGUGUGUGUGCGUUCAUGCUUGUGUGUGUGGUUUGUGCACGUGUAUGUGUGCAUCCGUGCGUGCAUUCAUGUGUGUUUGUGUGUGUGUGUGUGUGUUUCAGAGGAGACCCAGCGACGUGUGAGUGCUCUGGAGGAGAUGAAGAGGCGUCUGGAGGAGGAGCAUGCCCUGCAGAUGUCUCUUCUCAUGGCUGAACAGGAGAGAGAACAACAGCGCCUCUGUCAGGUCAGGACAUGGAACUACACCAUGGGAUGUUGACCCCACUCAAUGUAGCAAAACCAACAUUUGUCACUAUUUUUCCAUAACUAUCAGUGCAUUCCUUCCUAGUUUGUGAUAUUAUAUAUAGUAUAUGCAGACAGAAUGUCACACAGAGAAUGAAACUUUAAAGCUACAGUCUGGGAUUUGGGAAGCUGUUUCUUGGAUGUCUUGUACUCCUGAGUGGCGCAGUGGUCUAAGGCAGUGCUAACUGUGCCACUAGAGAUCCUGGUUCGAAUCCAGGCUCUGUUGCAGCCGGCCGCGACCGGGAGACACAUGGGCGGCGCACAAUUGGCCCAGGGUAGGGGAGGGAAUGGCCGGCAGGGAUGUAGCUCAGUUGAUAGAGCAUGGCGUUUGCAACGCCAGGGUUGUGGGUUUGUUUCCCACGGGGGGCCAGUAUAAAAGAAUACAAAUAUAAAAAAAGAAAAGAAAAAAAAGAAGGUAUUCACUAACUGUAAGUCGCUCUGGAUAAGAGCGUCUGCUAAAUGACUAAAAUGUCAUGGCCUGUCAGUCCUUGUGUCUAGAGCACUAACUAGUAGGAAUUUGAGAGGGGUUACAUUUCCCUAGCCCCACCCCUCAGCUGUAUACCAAAACAAGUGUUUUUAAAUCAGUACCUCCGGACCCGGAAUGUGGCUUUAAGUUACAUGUUUGAAUAUGUUAGCAUUUGCAAAGUGUUAUUGUUUGGCUGCUGUAGAGAAGUGACUGUCUGUCCAGUGCUCAAGGCUACACAUCCUUCACGGGACAACGCUCCUGUGUGUGUGUGUGUGUGUGUGUGUGUGUGUGUGUGUUUCUCUGUGUCUUUAUUAGGAGCUGGAUGAGAAGGAGAAGAGGCUGAGAGAGCAGGGGUGUGGCCGGCCCCUGUGUGGGGACGAUGGGCGUGACCGGAGAUCUGUGAGUGACAUCUACCCUGGCCUCAGCCCUUCCUGCCCUGGCCUUAGCCCCACCCUGAGUCCUGCUGAUAGGUCACCUAGACACAGUGUACAGAGCAUGGGUAGGUGGACUGUGGCAUGGAAGAAUAACUCAGACACACAAACCAUUACCUCUGUAGAUGUCUUUGGGUUGAAGCAUUGGGUGAUAUGACUAUCUUUUUCUAUUACUAUUUGAAAUAGAGAGGUGCUUUACAAAACCCUUAGGGUGUUUUAGUUUUAACCUCUCCUCCACUUGUACAUUUAUUUUGUCUUUUAAUUCUCAUCUUCAUAUUGUAUUGUUUUUUUAAUGUGCAAAUUAAUCAAUAAAAUACCAACCGAACUGUUUACACAAUAAAUGCAUAUACUGCAACAAUGGUUCCCCUGUAGGUCUCAGAUAUGUAAAGCCAUCUUGGCAAAGUAAAUUGUUUAUUGCUUGUUUGCCUGUUUCUGAAUGAACGUAAUGUGUAAAAGCUCUCUUUCCACUCUCUCUCUAGAUUUCACCUCUCCAUCGAGCUCCAGUGCUCCCUCUCCCUCCAUGCAGCCUCCUGUCUACCUGUGGGGGCCCACCUGGGGGGCCAGCAAGCCCCGGGGAAGGCUCAAUCAGGUGCGUGUGUGUGUGUGUGUGUGUAUGCAUGUGCUUCUACAUAUAUGUGUGUGGUCCCAACUGUUGGUGCUCCCUCUUGUGUUUCCAUUUCCAGAAUCAUGUUCUAUGUAUAUGUGUGUUUCAUUGUUUUGUAAUAUAAUAUAUUUCAUAUAAUACAAUCUUCUCUUGAGUGUGUGUGUGUGUAAGUUGAUUUCCAUGUGUCUAUUCCUGGAAUGUUCUACUGCUCCUCACUCAGGUUGUGACAAUUGAACAGCAGAGGGCGCUGUGUCAUCUGGGAGCCAUCAGUCGUGGGUUCCUCACCCGCAGACUGCUCCAGACAGAGAAGGUCAAACAGCUGCGCCAGACCAUUCAGGUGAGAGCACUCUCAUAUCUGCACACAGACACACACAUGUAUACACAAUGUAGAUGUAUAGUAACUAUAGUUACCGAGUGGCGCAGCGGUCUAAGUCACUGCAUCUCAGUGCUUGAGGCGUCACUACAGACCCCCUGGUUCGAUUCCAGGCUGUAUCACAACCGCCCGUGAUUGGGAGUCCCAUAGGGCGGCGCACAAUUGGCCCAACGUCGUCCGGGUUUGGCCGGUGUAGGCCGUCAUUGUAAAUAAGAAUUUGUUCUUAACUGACUUGCCUAUUUAAAUAAAGGUAAAAAAAUAAAAUAAAAUAAAAGAAAACAGUACAGUUAUGUAGGGUAAUAGCAACUGAAUCAUAAUGGAACUGAAACACAAUCAUAUUGGACUGACUGAUUUAAAGACAAUAAUGAAUAAUUAAUAAUUUAAAUGGUACCAUUUUUACAUCUGUGUGUGUGUAUGGUUUUAGGACACACAAGAGUUCAUCCGCUCAUUCCAGACUGAAGCUCCACAGAAGAGAGGAUCCAUCUCAGCACAGGACCUGUCUCUGCAGGAGAGAGUCAGGGCACAGGUAACACAGAGAGAGAGAGAGACACAGAAAUUGGAACCGGAUGACUACGAGUAUUGAUUAUAUUGUGUGUGUGUCCUCUCCAUCAGUUGCGUGCAGCUCAAUAUGACGUCCAUGACAUCUUCUUUGAGAUGCCCCUGGAGGAGAGGCUAGCUCUGCUGCAGCUGGACAGAGAGGUCCGCACAGAGAAGAAGCUAAGAGAAAUGGUAACCUGACUGGACAUUUCACCUUUCAAUCACAGACUUAGACCAACCACAACACACUGGUUGGGACUUUUAACUGUCAGAUUAUUUUUCUCUGAAAUGAAACUAUCAAGUGAGAUUUCAAACAAAUACAUGUCUGUCAUUUGUGAAAAUGGAUGUAUAGCGUUUUGGAAAGAAACUCUUGAAAUGAAAAUGUUCGAUUUCAUCUGUCAAAGAGUUAAACUUUUGGUGUACAAAAACAUACAUAAAAACUCUCCUUUCUCUCUGUUGUCCAUCAACGUAUGAGCCCCAUGAAAAAACGUUGAUUCAUCUGUCACAAUCUCUGUCUGACCAUUGCCUAAAACAUACUGACCCUGGCCUAAAACAUACUGACCCUGGCCUAAAACACACUGACCCUGGCCUAAAACACACUGACCCUGGCCUAAAACACACUGACCCUGGCCUAAAACACACUGACCCUGGCCUAAAACACACUGACCCUGGCUUAAAACACACUGACCCUGGCCUAAAACACACUAACCCUGGCCUAAAACAUACUGACCCUGGCCUAAAACACACUGACCCUGGCCUAAAACACACUGACCCUGGCCUAAAACACACUGACCCUGGCCUAAAACACACUGACCCUGGCCUAAAACAUAUGACCCUGGCCUAAAACACACUGAUCCUGGCCUAAAACACACUGACCCUGGCCUAAAACACACUGACCCUGGCCUAAAACACACUGACCCUGGCCUAAAACAUACUGACCCUGGCCUAAAACACACUGACCCUGGCCUAAAACACACUGACCCUGGCCUAAAACACACUGACCCUGGCCUAAAACAAACUGUUGAUGAUUCUGAUGUGUAACUGAAUCUGAGAAUCUACUGACUGUAUGUGUGUGUGUGUGUGUGUGUGUGUGUGUGUGUGUGUGUGUGAGUGUGGUCCAUAGGAGAAAGCCAGGAGCCCUAAGGACAGAGUUCUGUCUGCUGCCACACAGAGGUCACUGGACAGGAAGAAGAGGUGAGGGGGUGGAGUCCUGUGGGACUGGUUAGAUGGUGGAUCUGUAAUCAAACCAGAUGGCUUAGUUGAAUUUGUACCAGGAGAUCAGCCUAUGAUAAAAUAUCCCAAAUAUAUUUCUGUCAGGAGAACUCAUGUACUCAUGUUCGGCUGACAUUAUUGAGAUAAAAUCAUAAUUAUUCUGAUGUGUAUCGUUCUGUUCUCUCAGGGUGGGUGAGUCUCCAGGACAAGCCAGGAAAGUACAGCAGAAGCCAAAGAGCCCUCCCACUAACAGGUACAGUACAGAACAGUGCUGCCCCCUACUGACUGCACAUAAGUGUCUCCUAUACUUCACAUCUCUUACUGUCUCCUAUACUUCACAUCUCUUACUGUCUCCUAUACUUCACAUCUCUGACUGUCUCCUAUACUUCACAUCUCUUACUGUCUCCUAUACUUCACAUCUCUGACUGUCUCCUAUACUUCACAUCUCUUACUGUCUCCUAUACUUCACAUAUCUUACUGUCUCCUAUACUUCACAUCUCUGACUGUCUCCUACACUUCACAUCUCUUACUGUCUCCUAUACUUCACAUCUCUUACUUUCUUUCUAUACUAUAUAAAAAAAGCUGUACAUAUGAAACAGUUAUCCUCCAGAUAAGGAAGUGUUCUAGGUGUCAGUACAGGUCAGUGGUACACUAUCUAUCUCUCCUUUCUGUCUUUCUCUCCUCAUCACUCUCUCUCUCCCUCAGGAUCCUGAAGCCAAGUCAGGGUCAGAAUGCCUCAGUCCCAGGUCAGCUAAACAGACAGGGGUGAGUACAGUCUCCAACCUGUCUCUACUUCUCCCCCUCUAUUUAUUUCAAUUCCCUUCUUAUUUCAUUCCUUAACUCAUAAAAAUGUAAUAAUACAACUAGAAUUUAUAAUUAAUAAAAAUCACCCCAUCUCUCCCCCUCCACUCUGUCUGUCUGUCUGUCUGUCUGUCUGUCUGUCUGUCUGUCUGUCUGUCUGUCUGUCUGUCUGUCUGUCUGUCAGGAGCUGGUAUAGAAAGACCCCGGAGGACAGAGUGAGGCGCUCAGACAGCCUGAAGAAGCAGAAUUCCCUGGGCUAACAGGUUCCUCCCUCAGUCACUCUAUGACCCCUCACUCCCUGACCCUUGACCUCUGGGCCUUCUAUCAGCCCCAUAUUCCACUAUGGUUCGACCACCACCACCACCACCACCACCAAUGCUACUAGUCCCUCUAACCUCCCUCUAACCUCCCUCUGAUGGUUCAGCCAGU